CUGUGCCGUGUCACCGCAGGGAGCCGGAAUAGACCCGGGGCAGCCUUUUGUUUAAGGGCUUGUGUAAGCGUAGCCUUAAAAGACAAAAUAAAGGUGCGUGUUCCGGCACCGUGAGUGGUCGAAAGUUUUUGAUUGUCCUCUGUGUGUUACAGGUGAAAUGGUUUUCAUAUGCUGAGCUCCAGCUUGGAUUGCCUCGUUGCUGCACGUUUGUAAAAAGCAGGAAGUCAAGAUGAAGAGCAGAGUGACACAAGUAAAUCAUGGCUCCAGUCACGAAAGGAAGGAAAACUACAGUUCCCGACGUGAAAGCCUGUCUCCAGAGGACAGGGACAUGGAGUGUGAUAGGUCUCGUUCUCCAACUCCCAGGAAGAGGAGAUACUCUGAUGACAGCAGAUAUGAUGAGGAAUAUUCAAGACGGGAAUACUAUGAUGACAGAAGUUCAGAUGGAAGAAGGAUGGAAAGAGGGAGAGAUAGACACUAUGACAGAUGGGAGGACAGAGAAUAUGAUCGAAGGAAGCAGAGGAGAUACUCGUCACCUGACCAUAGGAGUCCAGACAGGUCGACAGGCCAGAGCUCACUUGUUCAUGAUGAGACCACCUCAAAGAAGAAGAAAGAGGAAGUGGAUCCAAUCCUCACUCGCACAGGUGGUGCAUAUAUUCCACCUGCCAAGCUCAGGAUGAUGCAAGAGCAAAUCACUGAUAAAAAUAGCUUGGCAUACCAGAGGAUGAGUUGGGAAGCCUUGAAGAAGUCAAUCAAUGGUCUUGUCAAUAAAGUGAACGUUUCUAAUAUAGAAAACAUCAUUCAUGAGCUCCUUCAGGAGAAUAUUGUUCGGGGCAGGGGGUUGCUGUCUAGAUCCAUUUUGCAAGCUCAGAGCGCCUCUCCAAUUUUUACUCAUGUUUAUGCGGCUCUUGUGGCAAUUAUCAAUUCAAAGUUUCCAAAUAUUGGUGAAUUGAUCCUCAAGAGGCUGAUACUGAAUUUUCGUAAAGGGUAUCGCAGGAAUGACAAGCAACUCUGUCUAACAUCUUCAAAAUUUGUUGCUCAUUUGAUGAAUCAAAAUGUGGCUCAUGAGGUUUUAUGUUUGGAAAUGCUCACUUUGCUUCUUGAAAGGCCUACUGAUGACAGUAUUGAAGUAGCAAUUGGAUUUAUUAAAGAGAGUGGGCUCAAAUUAACAGAAGUUUCUCCUAGAGGUAUUAAUGCAAUCUUUGAUCGCCUUCGGCACAUUCUGCACGAAUCUAAAAUCGAUAUGCGUGUUCAGUACAUGAUAGAAGUCAUGUUUGCUGUGCGGAAGGAUGGCUUCAAGGAUCAUCCAAUCAUUCCAGAGGGAUUAGAUCUAGUGGAAGAGGAGGAUCAAUUUACUCAUAUGUUGCCAUUGGAAGAUGACUACAACCCAGAGGAUGUUCUUAAUGUUUUCAAGAUGGAUCCGAACUUUAUGGAAAAUGAGGAGAAAUACAAAAUGCUGAAAAAAGAAAUUCUUGAUGAAGGUGACACUGAAUCUGAAGGAAAUGAAGAAGCUGGAAGUAGUGAAGAAGAUGAAGAUGACGAUGAGGAGGAGGAUGAAGAUGGUCAGAAAGUUACUGUCCAUGACAAAACAGAAAUUAACCUGGUCUCAUUCCGUCGUACAAUUUAUCUGGCUAUUCAGUCAAGCUUAGACUUUGAAGAAUGUGCUCACAAACUGCUGAAGAUGGACUUCCCUGAAAGUCAGACUAAAGAACUCUGCAAUAUGAUACUUGACUGCUGUGCUCAGCAAAGAACGUACGAGAAAUUCUUUGGGUUACUGGCAGGGCGUUUCUGCAUGUUAAAGAAAGAAUAUAUGGAAUCCUUUGAAGCCAUUUUCAAGGAACAGUAUGAUACCAUCCAUCGUUUGGAAACAAACAAACUGAGGAACGUGGCCAAGAUGUUCGCUCAUCUGCUGUACACUGAUUCCAUUCCCUGGAGUGUCCUUGAAUGUAUAAUACUGAGUGAAGAAACUACCACAUCCUCCAGUAGAAUUUUUGUCAAAAUAUUCUUUCAGGAGCUCAGUGAAUAUAUGGGACUUCCUAAUUUAAAUGCAAGAUUAAAAGAUGAGACACUGCAGCCUUUCUUUGAGGGAUUAUUGCCUCGGGAUAACCCAAGAAACACUCGCUUUGCCAUCAAUUUCUUCACUUCUAUUGGCCUUGGAGGACUAACGGAUGAAUUGCGGGAACAUCUUAAAAAUGCACCAAAGUUGAUUAUGACACAGAAGCAAAAUGUUGAGUCAUCAGAUUCCUCUUCGUCUUCAGACACAGACUCUUCCUCAGAUUCUGAUUCUGACAGCAGCAGUAGUAGUUCAGAGUCAUCCAGCAGCAGUGACUCCUCAUCGAGCAGUGACAGCAGUAGUGACUCAGAUGUUUCUAAAGCCAAAAGAAGGAGGAUGCAGAAGAAAAAUAGAGAAUCUGAUAAAAUUUCCAGGAAAAAACAAGAAAGGAGAAGGAAAUCGCUUGAAAAGAAAAAUGAAAGGAGGCAGCAAGAAGAAAGAAGUGAUACUGAGAGGAAAUCAGAAAGAAAUCACCGACAUUUAAGAGAAUCGCACAGGAGAGAUGAUGCUUCAAAAUACCACCACAGAGAGGAAUCCAACGGCAGAGAUGAUUACCACACCGGAAAGGACAGGAACCACGAAAGAAGUAAGGAUGCAGAGAAUAAACACAGUAAUUCAAAACUGAAGAAAGCAGAAAGAAGAGCUUCUAUAUCUGAUGAUGAAAAGUACAGACAUUGGAGCAAAGAUGAUGGACAUCGUAGUAGGAAAAGAGAGAGAUCAAAAUCCCGGGAGAGGGAGCGUGGCCAUGCCAGCCCAAGGGAGGAGGAGCAGGAGGAGCGCUCCAGGAACGGUUUGGAGAAGCAGCGGGACAAGGACGAGCACAGCCGGCACCCAGAGCAGCACAGGGAGUCCCGCCGGAGCGACGACCGGCGCAGGGAGAGCUCCCCGCGCCACAGGGAGAGCCGGGAGAACAGGGAGAGCUCCCCGCACCGCAGAGAGAACAGGGAGAGCCGGGAGAACAGGGAGAGCUCCCCGCACCGCAGAGACAACAGGGAGAGCAGAGAGAACAGAGAAAGCAGAGAGAACAGGGAGAGCCGGGAGAACAGGGAGAGCUCCCCGCACCGCAGAGAGAACAGGGAGAGCCGGGAGAACAGGGAGAGCUCCCCGCACCGCAGAGAGAACAGGGAGAGCCGGGAGAACAGGGAGAGCUCCCCGCACCGCAGAGAGAACAGGGAGAGCCGGGAGAACAGGGAGAGCUCCCCGCACCGCAGAGAGAACAGGGAGAGCCGGGAGAACAGGGAGAGCUCCCCGCACCGCAGAGAGAACAGGGAGAGCCGGGAGAACAGGGAGAGCUCCCCGCACCGCAGAGAGAACAGGGAGAGCCGGGAGAACAGGGAGAGCUCCCCGCACCGCAGAGAGAACAGGGAGAGCCGGGAGAACAGGGAGAGCUCCCCGCACCGCAGAGAGAACAGGGAGAGCCGGGAGAACAGGGAGAGCUCCCCGCACCGCAGAGAGAACAGGGAGAGCCGGGAGAACAGGGAGAGCUCCCCGCACCGCAGAGAGAACAGGGAGAGCCGGGAGAACAGGGAGAGCUCCCCGCACCGCAGAGAGAACAGGGAGAGCCGGGAGAACAGGGAGAGCUCUCCGCACCGCAGAGAGAACAGGGAGAGCAGAGAGAACAGGGAGAGCUCCCCGCACCGCAGAGAGAAGAGAGAAAGCAGAGAGAACAGGGUGAGCUCCCCGCACCGCAGAGAGAGCAGGGAGAGCUCUCCGCACCGCAAAGAGAACAGGGAGAGCAGGGAGUACAGGGAGAGCUCCCCGCACCGCAGAGAGAACAGGGAGAGCCGGGAGAACAGGGAGAGCUCUCCGCACCGCAGAGAGAACAGGGAGAGCCGGGAGAACAGGGAGAGCUCUCCGCACCGCAGAGAGAACAGGGAGAGCCGGGAGAACAGGGAGAGCUCUCCGCACCGCAGAGAGAACAGGGAGAGCAGAGAGAACAGGGAGAGCUCCCCGCGCCGCAGAGAGAACAGGGAGAGCAGGGAGAGUUCUCCGCACCGCAAAGAGAACAGGGAGAGCAGGGAGUACAGGGAGAGCUCCCCGCGCCGCAGAGAGAACAGGGAGAGCUCCCUGAACUGCAGAGAGAGCAGAGAGAAUUCCCCGCACCGCAGGGAGAACAGCGAGAAUUCUCCACACCGCAGGGAGAGUUCCCCGCGCCGCAGGGAGAACAGGGAGAGCUCCCCACACCGCAGGGAGGCUUCCCCACACCGUAGGGAGCCUAGGGAGAGCUCCCUGCGCCACAGAGAGAACAGGGAGAGCUCCCCACACCGCAGGGAGAAUAGAGAGAACAGAGAUAAUUCCCCGCACCGCAGGGAGAACAGGGACAGUUCCCCGCGCCGCAGGGACAGUUCCCCGCGCCGCAGGGAGAUCAGGGACAGUUCCCCGCACCACAGGGACAGUUCCCCGCGCCGCAGGGAGAUCAGGGACAGUUCCCCGCACCACAGGGACAGUUCCCCGCGCCGCAGGGAGAUCAGGGACAGUUCCCCGCACCACAGGGACAGUUCCCCGCGCCGCUCCCCGCACCAUAGGGACAGCUCCCCGCGCCGCAGAAACAGCUCCCCACACCGGCGGAAAUAA